AAGAAUCCGAGAGGAGAACAAGAACUGAACGACUGGCAGAUUUUGGACAAUGGUGGUAAUAAAUGGGCUGUGCACGGGCUCCGAGUGCCACAUCCAGAUGAGACGGUCCAGAAAAACUUUGUGACCUCUUACAGCAUGUGCAGGAAGUCACAGCUGAUUGAUUUGGAGAAAGAAGGUUACAGCCCAUCGUUUAUGGAUUACUUCCAGCCAGACAUCAGAAUAUCUGAUUGGUAUUCACCAAGGACAGAUUGUGGCAGUAAAUAUAAGAUCUGUGUCGAGUUGAAGAAUCAGCAAAUGAGGCCCAUCCAGACAUUUGCUCCUGAGACUGUUAAGUUUGAGCAGUGGAGUGAGGAGCAAUGGACUCAGAUGACCCAUGUAUUCCAGAACUAUGGACGGGGAGUGAGAUUCAUCCAUUUUAUCCACGGAGGCAAGGACACGCAGUUCUGGGCAGGAUGGUAUGGAAUUCGCCUUACCGACAGCUGCGUUGAGAUAUGUCCAGCCAUUGGCUCAUAGCUCUCUGGGAUUCAUCUACUGCCUGCUUCCUGCCUUUGCUUGAAACUUCACCUCUUAUUUGCUUCAUAUAGUCUGCAGUUAUUUAACCUGUAAAAAGAAUGUUUCUGUAUGUACAGUCAUUUAUCAAAUGUUACAUUUCAACAGCCACACUUUGAGAAGACAUGCAGUACAUUUCCAGUAGUGUAUCACACACCCCAGAGAUAUGAGGGUAUUGGACGGUUAUCACCGUUCCCAACAUACCAUAGCAAUAUUUCUGCAGUCAAGACAUUGCUGUCAAAAUUAGCAAUUAUUCCUCUCAACUUCCAACAGUCUGUAUUGUUCACAAAAAUGUACAUUUGCAUCUAUUUAGUUAUUUACCCCUUUUUAUUAACUUUAUUUAUGUAACCCAGUCAGUCAUCAACGUACUGUGUUUGAAGUUAGGGUUAGGAUUUGUCUUAAUGCUGGAUUAUUGCUUUUGUUUCAACACAAUCAAAAUACAGUACGACUUUGAUUUCAAACUCAAUAAAAAAAAUCAAAGAUUCCAAGAUAACUUGUCCUUUUUCAGCUAAUUAAUGCACACAUUUUAAAUCAUGUUAUGUUAUUUUAUGUUUACAAAUCACAUAAAAGACU